UGUUCAAUCCUCUCAAGCUUCAUGUCUUUACUGCUCACCACCAUCGAUGGGGAAACCUUCAUCACCUUCUCACGACCGCGGAAGAGACGCUCCCGAGCCAAGCACAUCUACCAGGUGAAAUGCAACCUCCCAAGGAUGGAGAGAAGGAAAGCAGCUUCAAGUGCGAAGCCGACUACGAAAGAACAGGUACAGGUAGAGCUUCCGAGCCUACCUUUAUCAGCCAGGUCGCCCCCCUUACCGAAGUGUUCCGGGUGGCCCGUUGAGGAUAGUGACUGCUGGACAGGUGUCGAUCCAGUUUCACAGGUGUUUCGAUCUCAUGUGGUCGCACUCCACCUACGUCAGGAAGAGCUUCAUCGGCGUAUGGCGGACUAUCGUAAGGAGAUGCGCAAACUGAGAAGUGCCCAAUGCAGGGAAUUGGCGCAACGUUUUCGCAGUCGCCAUGAAGCACGGCAGCGACAUGUUCCAGGUCCAAUGCUGGGGAUGGCAGGGCCAAAGAUUGUCCUCCCAGAGAACGAUGGAGCUGAGGUGGAGGAAACCGCUGUAAGCCUCCAGGUUCAAUCCGAAGCCCCUGAGGAGACGGGUGUCAAACCCAUGCUGUCACCGCGGCUCCUGCGUUUCGAGCAACGCUGCGCUGCCCGCAGGCGGCAAGGCGGCUUACAGAUUCAAUCCAUCGAUAUCCAGGCCCUGUUGAAGGGGAGCAAAAUACCGGCGGAACACUCUGCCAGUAGUUCUGAGGAUGACUCGCACGAUGGGCAAACUUCGAGCCCGCAGGAUUCUCCUCGCUCGACCCAGUCCUGGGAAAUGUGCCUACAGCUCUCCAGAAAGCAUAAGGUUCCGAUCGCAGAGGUUCGAAUGCAGCUUGCAGAGUUCAGUGCCCUGGAUGGUUCGGGACCUUUCGGAGAGCUCACGCAGAAGGAGUGGGAGGCUGCAGUGCGACCGAAAGCCAACAUCCCGGCGGAUCGCCCAGUGCCCGAUUACCUGCUGCUGAAGCAAUAUGCAUCAGCAGAUAAAGAUGACAACGGCCUGAUAGACUUUGAGGAGUAUCUCCUCUGGUCUCGAAAUACUUUGUGGCUUGAGGAGUUCGCAGUCCCAAGUCAUAGUGAGCGUGAGCUGAGGCGCAUCGCUCGAAAGUAUGGCUUGAACUUGCCCGAGAUCGAUUCAAUCAAGCGCAGCUUCGACAAGUACGACCGGGAUGGCAGCGGGCAAAUUGACCGCAACGAGUUUCGUGAUGUAGUUUGCAACCUGAUGAAGGUGAAGAGUGAGAACAUCUCUCAACAGCAGUUGGACCGCUAUUGGAUUGAAGCGGUUGGUGCGACGGCCAGUGGUGAUGGUAUAAGCUUUGAGGAGUUCCUGGAUUGGACAAUGAAGUUGGGAAUUAUGUGACAAAGCGAGUGGCUGACCCCCACCGUUGCUGGUCGCCAAGAAAAGGCGGCCUUUUUUGGCUAAUGUGCCACAGGCAAUAUGUGGCUUGGUGUCUGGGAUCAUCGAGAGGUUGAGG